UCCUUUAAUUCUGAUGGCGUCUUAGUAAGAGAAGAUGUUUAGAAGAAUUUUAAAGACUCUUUUUUAUGUUUAAUUAAAUGUUAAUACAUCUGUACAAAUGCGUAGUUCGUAUUUUAAGCCACAAAAUGGUUCAAACUACAAAUACACCAAGUUAAAAGCUUCAAGUCAGGUUAAAACUGACUCGGCUGGCUCAGCCAUGUCUCAGAAGCCACAGAAAAAUGCCCAAACUGCACAUUACAUCGAGCUGGGAGGUUACCAGUACUGGCCUGUACUGGUGCCCAGAGGCAUCAGGCUGUACACGUAUGAACAGAUCCCGGUGUUUCUGAGAGAUAAUCCAUAUAUCACAGAUGGAUACAGAGCCUACCUGCCAUCCAGGCUGUGCAUUAAGAGCCUCUUCAUCCUGUCCAAUGAGACGGUGAAUAUCUGGAGCCAUCUGUUAGGCUUCCUGCUCUUCUUCUGUGUCGGGGUGUACAACAUGGCGUCGGUGCUCCCAUCCAUCGGUGCCUCCCGAGAGGAUUACGUCAUCUACUCCAUCGGGUUGUUCUGCUUCCAGCUGUGCAUGCUUUGCUCCGUGGGCUACCACCUGUUCUGCUGCCAUCGCUCAGAGAAGACCAGCCGCCGCUGGAUGGCGCUGGACUAUGCCGGCAUUUCUAUCGGCAUCCUGGGAUGCUACGUUCCUGGAGUCUUUUACACUUUCUACUGUAAUAAUUACUGGCGGCAGGUGUACCUGGUGACGGUUCUGGCCAUGAUCCUGGCCGUGUUCUUCGCUCAGAUCCAUCCUCUCUACCUCAGCAAGCAGUGGAAGCAGCUGCGCUCGCUCAUCUUCUGCUCCGUGGCCGGAUACGGCCUCAUCCCGACCGUCCACUGGAUCUGGAUCACUGGAGGCUUCUCCUCCGAGCUCGUCCAGGCUUUUGUUCCACGAAUCCUUGGGAUGUACUUCAUUGCAGUUCUGGCUCUUAUUUUCCAUGUUUCUAAGGUUCCUGAGCGCUACUUCCCAGGUCAGCUGAACUACCUGGGUUCCAGCCACCAGGUGUGGCACCUACUGCUGGUGCUGAUGUUCUACUGGUGGCACCAGUCGUCUGGCUUCAUCAUGGCGUACAGACACAGUCAGCCCUGUCCCGACGCUCCACAACACACUUAGUUCUGAACAGCAGGACCCGACUCUGAAUAUUGAUCCAAUGGACUCAGAGACCACCAGAGGGGCUGCAGACCGGAACCAGUUCAGGAUGCGAGGUGACACGUCUCAGUUAUGAUAAGACUGGUGUAAAACCAGUUCCUGGUCGGGGACAGAGCCUGGAAACAAUGAAGCUUCUUUUCUCAGUUCUCUGUAUUUUCUUCACUGAUCAGAUGAAGGGAAAUUUAAACAUCUUGUCUGCAUGUUUUUGAUUUUAAGGAUAAUUUGAAUCUGUUUUUUUAAUGCAGCAUAAAUAAUGUUAAAGGAUGUUAAAAGUGUUGAGAAGCAGAACUUUUGUUUCACGUUAUUAACCAGAUUUUUAUGGUUUUAUUUGGGAUGGUGUUGAUGUUCCUAAAUUAAUAUUAGCUUCAGAGCUUCGUGUGUUUGAGGUGAACAUCCUCCUUCCCUUUGUCUUUGUUUUACUACUGUUUUUAAAGGAAAUGACAAGCAGCUCUGCCUCUAGAGGUCACUACUGAGACUCUGACCCAACUGAAACGCCUCAGCAGCCUAACUGGCAGUAUUUGCUACAUUCAGACACAUCUGUAUUGAUUUUAUUGAUCCUGUAUUUGGUCCAUGUUUGAUGAUCGUUCUGGGAGCUUCUUCUUCCUCUGAGCAGAAAAGAAUCAGUGUUUUCAGCUGUAAUGAUCUAAAGUAGGAUGUUCUAGCUCCUGUAGGGUGAUGUGCAAUGUUCUAGUGUUUAAAGCACUUCAUUCCAUAAUGCAGCGCCUACAUGUUAACCAGUUACUGUGACUGCAGAGGCUGGGUGGUAGCUGAAAUGUUUUCAUUACAGUCUAAUGGUCUCGUUGCCACCUUGACCUUCCUUCUACUUUCCUCUGACGUCUUCAGCUUCAACAACCAGCUUUUAUGUAGCAGAAAGCACUUUUCUUUGUCUUAAAACAAGCCAUUCGACCUCCAUAGAGGCUUCCUUUCUUUUUAGGUUUUCCAAAUCUAAGUUUCCCUCCAAACAGGAACGUUAUUCAGUCAAAUUCAUACGACGAUCUGUGUAACAAUGUAUGAACGUUGGCAAAGUUAACUCCGACUGCACUGUUCAAUGGUUGGAAUGUAUGAACCUGACUGUUGUGAAGAGCCUUGAGACGACAUGUGUUGUGAAUUGGCGCUAUAUAAAUAAUACCGAAUUGAAUUGCGAUUGGGCGAAUGUGGCUCUAGUGUAAAGCGCUGUGGUGUGUCCGCAGGUGCUGCAAGGUGUCAUCAUAGCACACUUUGAAAUAAUCAAUUUAAGCUGUAAAUAAGUGGGAAAUUAGAAGAUGGUUACACAAAUAUUGAACAUUUCUGCUGCUAAGCGACUAAAGAGGGAAAAAGUCACAACACUAUUUAAUGUUAGCUGCUGAAUUCAACUGUUCACCCAGCAGCUCCUCAGGUAGAGAUGAGAUCUGGGAUUGUAACGUCGUUUUAGCUUUAAUGCAGAUGAGCAGCAGCUCCUCUGCAGCCUCAGAACUUCAGUGUUUGUCUCUAAAGUCACAGUUGGGCCUGAAUGCAUGUUAGUCUGUCAUCAUUUAACAGCAAUGGAGUUAAAUGACAGCAGGCUCAUUUUGGAAUGAAUGUUUUCUGUUGUUUUAAGGAAGCAAAAAACAAGUUUUUAAAUUAUUAUCGGUCUUAAAACUGUCUGUAAAUGUAUCUGUAAAAAUCUUUUCUAUCUACUGUUUGUAAAUGAUUCGUUUUAAUGCCGAAUUUCUGUUCUUUUGACACUGAUGGAAACAAUGUUUGGUUAUUAAAACAAAACUUUUGUA